AUGGCGGCCGCCAGCGGCUACACGGACCUGCGGGAGAAGCUCAAGUCCAUGACGUCCCGGGACAACUACAAGGCGGGCAGUCGGGAGGCCGCGGCCGCCGCCGCCGCCGCCGUGGCCGCCGCCGCGGCCGCCGCCGCCGCGGCCGAGCCCUACGCGGCUCCCGGGGCCAAGCGCAAGUACCCGGAGGACUCGGACCCCGAGCGCAGCGACUUCGAGGAGCAGCAGCUGCAGAAGGAGGAGGAGGCGCGCAAGGUGAAGAGCGGCAUCCGCCAGAUGCGCCUGUUCAGCCAGGACGAGUGCGCCAAGAUCGAGGCCCGCAUCGACGAGGUGGUGUCCCGCGCCGAGAAGGGCCUGUACAACGAGCACACGGUGGACCGGGCCCCGCUGCGCAACAAGUACUUCUUCGGCGAGGGCUACACGUACGGCGCCCAGCUGCAGAAGCGCGGGCCCGGCCAGGAGCGCCUCUACCCGCCGGGCGACGUGGACGAGAUCCCCGAGUGGGUGCACCAGCUGGUGAUCCAGAAGCUGGUGGAGCACCGCGUCAUUCCCGAGGGCUUCGUCAACAGCGCCGUCAUCAACGACUACCAGCCCGGCGGCUGCAUCGUGUCUCACGUGGACCCCAUCCACAUCUUCGAGCGCCCCAUCGUGUCCGUGUCCUUCUUCAGCGACUCCGCGCUCUGCUUCGGCUGCAAGUUCCAGUUCAAGCCUAUCCGGGUGUCGGAGCCCGUGCUUUCCCUGCCGGUGCGCAGGGGGAGCGUGACUGUGCUCAGUGGAUAUGCUGCUGAUGAAAUCACUCACUGCAUCCGGCCUCAGGACAUCAAGGAGCGCAGAGCAGUCAUCAUCCUCAGGAAGACGAGAUUAGAUGCACCCCGGUUGGAAACAAAGUCCCUGAGUAGCUCCGUGUUACCACCCAGCUAUGCCUCAGAUCGUCUGUCGGGAAACAACAGGGACCCCGCUCUGAAACCCAAGCGGUCCCACCGCAAGGCAGACCCUGAUGCUGCCCACAGGCCUCGGAUCCUGGAGAUGGACAAGGAGGAGAACCGUCGCUCGGUGCUGCUGCCCACACACCGGCGGAGGGGCAGCUUCAGCUCGGAGAACUACUGGCGCAAGUCCUACGAGCCCGAGGACUGCUCGGAGGCAGCGGGCAGCCCCGCCCGCAAGGUGAAGAUGCGGCGGCACUGAGGCCUGAGCCUCGGACUCGGCUUGCUCCUCACUAGCUGCCCCUCCUCUUGUUUCGUUUUGAGGGUUUUUUUUUUCCUUUUCUUUUCUUUUUUUGAUUCUUAUAUUUUUUUUCCUUGGUUUGUUGCCUGUUAAGGCUGAAGAACAGAAUUGUCCAGGACCUGGUUCUCAUGUUCUUGGUUUUCCUCCUGGAUGCAAAGGCUGUUGGCAUCUGUAGGCACAGAAGCUCACGCUGGAGUGGCCACUGGAGGCGUGGGGGGCAGCUGUCCUCACGUGGGGCUGUGUCAGGAUGGGUUUAUUUAAAAGCAACAAAAUGUUUUGGUUUAGAAAAAUUCUUGUUUUGCUUUAAAUGUAAAUCUUCUUAGUGUUGUAAAUGAAGUUCAAUCUCCUCCCCCUCCCCCCACUGCUGUCUGCGGUGGGUUGAGGUCUUGCCGGCUCUGCAGGGGGCCUGCUGCCCUCCCACCCCUCACCUGCUCUCCAGGCCCCAGCAGCUCAUGCAGAUACCCCUCCUCCUGCAGCGUUGUUAAGGGAUGACCGGGCAGAGGCCUAGGUAGUGCCAGCCCCUGUUGCCCCAGAGCUGUUCAGUUGGCCGAGACCCCGGGCUUCCUGCAUGCCCUCUGGCCUGCUCUGCCCACGGGUCCCUGCGCUGCCCAGGGGCCGGCUGCAGUGGUCCUGACCUCUUGCCGGGAGCCCGCCUCUUUGCUGGGUUGCUCCUUUUAAGCAUACACGUGUGAUUGUGUGGAACAGUUAGACUUGCCGUGUUGGGGCAGUUUUAGGAAUUGUUUCUAGCUGGAGGGACUGGUGUCCUUCUGAGUCUAGCGUUUGGGCUAUGGAAAAUCGUUGUGGUGUGUGGUAGGGUUUUUGUUUUCUUUUGUUCUGAGUUUUCAUUUUUUCCUUUGGUCUCCUGGCUUUUUCCUUUCCCUUUCCUUUCUUCUCCAUCGGCCCUCCUUGGGCCUUCUCCCUAUGUCAGUCCCCGUAGGAAGCUGCCCGCCCCCUCUGUCCGCCUGCAGCAUGCAUCCAAGGCCAGAGCUCAGGCCUGCAGACUGGGUUGGUGCCUCCGCCUCAGGGGCAUGAGAGCUGGGGAAGGAAGGGUCCUUUAAAAAAUAAUAAUGAAAGGGAAAAAAUAAGUGAAGUCUUUGGCAGUUUCCACCUGCUCAGAUCCUUGAAGGCUGCAAGGUUUUGCUGAUCUGGGUUCAUUAGGAAUGUCCUCUUGCCAGCCAGGGCCGAGACCCAGGCCUGCUGAGAGCAGAGGCCCUCCCAGUCCCCAGGCUGCUGCCAUCCCAGGGGGCUAGUCUUACAGAAGAGGCUGCAGAAAGCUGGGGGGCAGCCACCAUCAAGAAGCCCCUCUUAGGGGCCAGAACUCCUUUGCCAGUGUGGAUUCCUCAAGUCGGGACUGCAUAACUAAAGCAGUUGCAGUUUUUUUUGGUUGUUUUUUUUUUUUUUACAGCUUUUUUCCCAAAAAUGGUUUGUGGCUGUGCGUGCAGCACUUUGCCCUGACGUGUGUGCUCUACAAUAAAGACCAAAUCUAAUAUAUUUUGAAA